UCCUGUUUGUGAUUUUCAUGGACAGGAUAUCUAGGCGCAGAUAUUUAUUUAUUUAUUUAAGAUUACUUGUUUCUAGACAACAAACCCACUUGUUUAAUUUUAGAUAUUACUGUUAACUCACACCUGUACCGUCAGCUAAAGAAACACAUACAUCCCAUGAUGCAUUGCUUAUCCUCCAGCAUGUUUUAGUUAACAGGUUAGCAUCUUGUUAUUUGAAUACCAUGUUAUUAGCAUGUUGCUUGUUAGCAUGCUCUUGUUUCUGUUAUUAUGUCAGAAUGUUUUUGCUCUCCAUCAUUCCGUUUCUUGUGGCAUGUUUCGUCCGCAUGCUGCUCUAUUCUCCUCUCAUUGGCAACAGCAGUCGGGCAGAGGCUCUAGAGGGCCAAUCGGUGGAGUUGGGGGCGGGGUCAGAGGUAACACAGGAAGUAGCGGUGGCAGAAGAGGACACAGCCACGCUGCAGAAGAGCGAAUCAGUGGAGGAAGCAGAGGAGGUGGAGCCUGAGCCUUCAAAGGCAGCACCGGCCGCUGGAGCUCCUCUCACAAAGUCGUCCAGCGUCGGAGGAGAGAUUUGUUCGUUGGGGAGAAAUGACGAUGACGAUGAUGACAAGAAGCGACGCUCGAGCUUCGGAGCAAAGAUGAUGGGAAUGGUGGGACUGGGAAAGAAGAGUCAGAGCGCUUCCCAGUUAAACCCUGAAGAGGAAGAGAAGAAGAAAAAGGUUGUGAGACUCCCUGUCCAGAGGAGUGUAGAAACAGGUUUAGCCAUCGAGUUUAAAUCACGUUUUACCCGACAGCCGAGCCGGGACCCGGACGCCGAGGACCCCAAACCUGGAGCGCUGAUAUUUCCAGGAGUGAAGUUGGCAUCAGACAAACAGUUCACCGGUUUCCUGGAUGGAUUAGGCCCCGCCCAGCUGGCUGGACGCCAGACUCUGGCCACGCCUCCGAUGGGUGACAUCCAGAUCGGGAUGGUGUACAGGAAGGAGCGUCUGGAUGUGGAGGUGAUCCGAGCCAGAGGGCUUGUGGGUAAACAAGGCAACAAGAACACUCCAGGUGAGAAUACUACACACUACUAUUAUACUAUCAUACACUAGUACAUACUAUCAUACUGUACUACAUACUAUCAUACCGUUCUACAUACUAUUAUGCUGUGAUACUCUAGUACAUACUAUUAUACUAUGAUACUCUAGUACA